AUGGCAAAGAUGCUGCUCAUCAGAAUUCCCGCUCCCGCCCGCCGGUACUUACCGGCCGCAGAGCUACGAAGAGAAGGCGGGCCAGGCCGGGCCGGGGCGCGGCGGCUCAGCGUGCCCGUGCCGCGGCCCCGGGCAUGGCGGGGCGGCGGCGGGGCGCGGGGGAGGGGAAGCGGCGGCGGCGGGGGAGGGGAGGCCGAGGGGAAGUUGGCGGCGGCGGCGGCGGCUCCUUCCUGCUCUGGCGGGGCGAGCGGCGCCUACCCUCAGCCUCCUCCUGGCGGUGACAGCGACAGCCCGGCCAGAGCGCCGCCGCGCCGCGGUGCAGCAUGGGAAACACGCCCGGAGGACCGGCGGGCGCCCGGGCGCGGCGGGCCGGCGGCGCGGCGAAGCGGGGAAGAGAGGGGCGAGCGGGGCCGGGCCGCGCCACGUCUCCCGCCGGCGGCCCGGGUGAUGCCCGGCUCAGGAGGCCGACGCGGCCGUGGGAAGCCCCGCCGGGCGGGCCCGGGGCCUCCAAAUCCCUCAGGAAGCCCCGAGAUGAGUUUUCUGCGCCAUAAUCUCCAUGACCAUGGUGUUCUCCGUGACCCCAACGCAAGCUGUUCAAAGAAGAACACUGUUCCACCUGAGCCCUGAAAAAGUCUUCAUAACAGAUUAGUUUCUAAUGCCACAGACACACCUGAUUCGACUCAUUCAUUUAUUUUACAAUAAUACAGCAGCUUGAAAUGCCUUAAAACUUGAGCUGAAGACAUCAUAAAAAUCCCAGAGAAAAUCAAAAGUAAUGAUUUGAUGAGAUACAUACCUGUCUGAAAAAAGGAAAGAUAGCAAGUCAGUGUCAGUCAAGAUGGUUUUGCAUAGACACAAGACACUGAGAUACCUGUAAUAUGUUUGACUUGGUCCCACAUGGCAUUCCUGUAAAGUCAGCAUUAUAAAUCUCCAGAUAAAAAGAAAAGAGGAUGUUUAAUGUCUCAUGCUGAGACAUCUAAUAGGCAGAAAAAGCAACAAAAAUGAUGAUAAUGUCGUACUUUGCCUAACAAAUUGUCAAAUCAAACAAUGAGACAGAAUUUAGAGAACCAAUUUCUUUGC